AUGAACCGGAUUCACAAGAUUGAACAGCUUCGCGAGAGAAACACUGCUACUUACCUUGACCUACCCCAAUUGGUUGCCGUCGGAGAUCAAAGCUCUGGAAAGUCAGCCAUCCUCGAAAAUUUAACUGGGAUACCAUUUCCGCGUGGCCAAGAGCUUUGCACUCGUUAUGCAACUCAGAUUACUCACCGCCGCGAUGCCAUGUCUCGUAUUGCUAUCAGUAUCAUUCCAGGACCAGCCGCCCCACUUGAGCACAGAGAGAGACUCGAGAGUUUUAAUAAGGAAGCGCAUUCGACUGAACAGCUCAACACUGAGUUCCCGGACAUUUUAAAUGACGUGAAUACACUUAUGGGAAUCAAAACGCCCAGAAACCCAGGUGGUAUCAAGAGGUUUACCGAAGACGUGUUGAAAAUUGAGAGAUGUGGACCAGACGAAGAUUACCUAACAGUUAUCGAUGUUCCUGGAAUCUUUCGUAUCACCACCCAAGGGGUCACUACAGAUAAAGACCGUCCAUUAGUUGAAAGGAUGGUCAAGAAUUACAUUCGUGACAGUCGGACAGUGAUCUUGGCUGUUCUCCCAUGUAAUGUUGAUAUUGCCACUCAGGAAAUUCUGGCAUUUGCUGAGGAGGUUGACCCAACUGGCGAGCGCACACUGGAUAUUCUCACGAAGCCAGAUCUUCUCAAAGAACGAAGUACGAAAGCCGUCGUCUGCGACCUGGUCCUGGGCAAGCGGCGACCUCUCACUCUUGGUUAUUAUGUCGUCAGGAGCCGUGGCGGCGACGAGGAAGAUUCUGACGGGGAUGCCGAUUUGCUGCACCGUGAGGGCAUAUUCAAAGAUGAACAUUGGACCUCUCUGCCAGACCGCAAAACUGGGAUCAAGGCGCUACGAGUGUGCCUGCAAGACCUUCUUGGUCAGAUCGCUGACAAGGCGUUCCCCAAACUUCGAUCCGAAACGCGUCGCAAGCUCACUGAGAAGCAAGAAGAGCUGGCGAGUCUUGGACCCCCACGCCAGACAGGACGACAACAGCAGCAGUUUCUAGUCAGCGUUGCGAGCAACUUUCAGAACAUUGUGAGAGCAGCAUUGGAUGCUGGUUACUCAACAAACCAAGCAUUCGAGGAUGAUAACUUACGCCUCAUCACGGAGGUCAUUAACAUGACGGAUGAAUUUGCUGUCGAUUUUGAAGGUUAUGCACACUUACAGCUUUCAAACGACAAAUGGGAAAAAGACUUCCUCACUUGA